AGAUCGUGAGAGUAGUGCUUCCCCACUAUUUAUUUAAUUUUAUUUAAAUAAUAUUGCGCGUGUUAUUCGGUUGCAUCUUAACAAACACCCUCUCUCUGUCUCUCUCAAUAGUCAAGGCUCUUCCUUUUCUUCCUGCCUCAAUUUGUUUGACAAGUCGACGUUGUCAUGAUUGGUGAAUGGAAAUCACCCAAUCCGAAUCCCCAUGCUGAUACUUCUGCUGCUUGUUUCUUCUGGGUGCCUGUGAUCAAUCACUCAUUCAUCCAUCAUCCUGCUUUCUGCAACACAUUUUCUGUCCCCUGUAAAAAGUAAAUACCAGAAAACAGAGCUCAGCAUUCAUUUUUCGUCAACGAAAACAAGAGCCAAGGACGAAAAGAAAGAACAGAAAUCAGGUUGUUGCAGGAUUUCUGUUUCUGGGUUGUCUCCGUUUUCAUGGAGGAUGAAGUCCUCCUCCGUAACUUUACGUGCAGAUCUGAGAAGCGGGAAAUUGUGUUUUUGUAGCAUUCUCCCGGCAGCUUCUCUGCUGUGUAUACUGUUUCUCAUAGUGAGUGCAUACAUAUCAUCAGAUUACAGAGAGAAUUCAUCAUCGUUUUGGAGAGUCACAAACAAUUUGCAGAAUCUAAAGUACAAAUGCAUGAAUCAGAAAAAGCCUUAUGGAAGUGAGCCACUGCCUCGAGGCAUUGUUGCCAAGACUUCUGAUCUGGAAAUGCGGCCGUUAUGGAGUGCUAAAAAGAAGCCUUCAGUUAACUUGUUGAAGAAGAAAGAUGCAAAUUCCUCAACUAGUUUAUUUGCCAUGGCUGUCGGGAUAAAGCAAAAGGAUCUUGUUAGUAAAAUGGUCAAAAAGUUCCUGUCUAGUGGUUUCGUUGUGAUGCUCUUCCAUUAUGAUGGCAUCGUCGAUGAGUGGAAGGAAUUUCAAUGGAGUGACCAAGUUAUUCAUGUAUCUGCAGUCAGUCAAACUAAAUGGUGGUUUGCAAAGCGUUUCUUGCAUCCUGACAUAGUUGCCGAAUAUAGUUACAUUUUCCUCUGGGAUGAGGACCUCGGAGUUGACUAUUUCCAGCCCCAACGGUACAUAUCCAUUGUUCAAAAGGAAGGGCUUGAGAUAUCACAACCUGCACUGGAUUAUUCAAAAUCAGAGGUGCAUCAUCAAAUUACUACGCGUUUGAGAGGAUCGGUAGCACACAGAAGGACUUACAAGUCAAGUAACAAUGGGAAAGGUUGUUAUGAGAGCAGUAGAGCUCCUCCUUGCACCGGGUGGAUAGAAGUGAUGGCUCCUGUUUUCUCUCGAGCUGCCUGGCGUUGUGUUUGGUAUAUGAUCCAGGGAGAUCGAACUAAAAAAGUUGGAGUUGUGGAUGCCGAGUACAUAAUCCAUCACGGCCGCCCUACAUUGGGAGGAGCCUCAGAUGAUCAAAAUAAUCAGGGAUCAUCAUCAUCAUCCUCAAAAUCUACAGGAAACGACCACAGAGUUGAUGUGAGGCGGGAAUCGUUCAAUCAAAUGAAAGUGUUCAGAAGGAAAUGGGAACGAGCCGUCGGGAACGAUAAAUGUUGGAUUGAUCCCUACAAGUAGCCACAAAUUAAUUAGUGCUUGAGCGCUCCUAUAUAUAUGAAUAUCGUCAUCCAUCGUCCUUUAUUUGGAGGAAGCUCAGAGCAGUUGGUGUAAAAUUUGGAGAUCUUCAUACC